CCAGGAGCAGCUUCAGUUCCAAUUCAACCUCCCAUUGGAAGAUACAAUUCAAUAGUCCUAAAAGAUACUUUGUGCUUUUUAAAGAACAUACAAAAUGCGUGUGACCGUGUGUCUAUUCAGUGUCGUUGCCUUAUUUGCAAUGGUCCAUUGCCAACCUUUCCAACUCGAGACGGAAGGUGACCAACAGCUGGAACCAGUCGUUGCUGAAGUAGACGAUGUUGUCGAUUUGGUAGCUAUUCCAGAACAUACACGAGAAAAACGAGCAACCUGUGACCUGUUGAGCCCUUUUAAAGUUGGUCAUGCCGCAUGCGCUGCUCAUUGUAUCGCAAGGGGCAAACGAGGAGGAUGGUGUGACAAAAGAGCUGUUUGCAACUGCCGAAAAUAGGAGUACUAUCUACAGUUGUCUGAACCUUUAGUUAUCGAAAAAUAUUCAAUAAUGUAAUAUAACGUUCUAUUCUUUUAACUUAAGUAUAAUAAACCAUCAUAUAGUAUUACAA